AUGUCUGCCUUUGACCGAAUCAACAACAUCAUCAUGACUGUCAAAGAUUGGUCGAGCUUGACUGUCUUUGCUGCUGUCUACGGAUGGGCCAAGAGUUUCCUUCUUGCUAUGGUCUCAGUCGUCCACACGUCUUGUAGCUGGGUGAUGGACUCUCGUGUGCAAUGGAAGAUUCUUUUUCACACGGGUAAUGACGCAGCUUGUGUCGUCGGGGCUGCUACCUCAUUUGGUUUUGACAACAGAGUGCAAGUCUCUUCCCUUCGGAUCCAACAGUAUGGCAGUCACAGUCUCUAUCGCGUCUUGUUGGAAGGUGGCGGUGUUUUGGAUAGGAAUGAGAACGAAGGACCCAUUCGAGGAGAUGAUGUUGCUGGAGCUAUCUAUUUGCCUGACGACGCCUCAUCACCUUGGCUGGCAACAACCAAGAAAUGCAAGGGAAAACACCAAGAGUCUCCGUGGCAGGAGUUUCAUGCUGACCUUUCCUGUUAA